UUCAAGAAAAAGACUGCCCGUUGACAACUCUGAUGUCGCAGCAAAAAAAAAUUGCAAUUGAUCUUAGACGCGCACAAAAAGGUUAAGAGGAAUUAGAUUACGACAAAGACUACUCCGGGCGAUGGAUGUAGACUCGGGUUCGAAGCAGAUGUCGGACAAGCGGUCGGGAACUGAGGCUGACCUGCCGUCAGGGCCACCCGGCGUGGACGAGAAAAGCGGAAACGAAAAAAGUGAUGACAGGAGUGUAAGGUCGGGAAAAAACCGCAAGUCGAACUCUCGGCGCCGUUCAACGCCACGACGCCGCUCUUCAUCCCGUGGUCGUCCUGAUUCCCGCAACGCAGGAUCUCCACCAGCACGACGAAGACGCUCGGUGUCUCGCUCGCCAACUCCCCCUCGCAGGGGGCGUUAUGACUCCCCAGAUUUUGGCCGCUACCCCCCUCGCCGGCGUUUUGAUCGCGAUAGACGCCGCUCACCUGACCGACGGCGUUCUCCACCUCGUCGAGGAAGGCGAUACGGGCGCUCCCGCUCACGAAGUAUCUCUCCUCUACGGCGAGGCGGUCGCGGAAUGAGCCCGUCAGGUCGUUGGUCCCCCAAGAACAAGCCAGCUUCGCCUCCACAUCCCCCGCCUCAUCAGCAAGUCGGAGCACCUUCGCAAAUGAAUCCUGGCUAUGGAGUCAUGCCACCCCAAAUGUAUGGCCAGGGAACUUACGGCGGUCCUCCGGACGUUUAUGGCCAUCAGUAUGGAAUGCCACCCAAUGCGUUCCCACCACAGGGACCGCCACCAGGAUAUGUAAUGCCGGGUCCCGCUGGCCAGCCCAAUUUCGGAGGUGCCUAUGGGCCACCACCCACAGGCGCCUGGGGUGUAAAUGAAUAUGGGCAUCAGGUCUGGAUGCAACAGCCGCCUCCUGCUCCGGAAACACUAGCAGCCCCACAGCAGACGGGUCAAGAAGUGCCGCCACUUAAACAUCAUGAGGAGGAGCAAAAGGCGCCUGCCGUCGAAGGUGCAGGUUUGCCGCCGCCGGACGCCGUGGCUCAAGAGGCUGAGAAGCAGAAGGACGAGCUCAAAAAACAGCGCGCAAACUACGUCAAGAAAGUGACGCUUCUUAAAAAGGAAAUGAAAGUCCUUAAGGAACAACGUGAAGACUUGGCUGCCGGCGAAGCACCACCCUCUCCGACCACUACAAAUUUCAUUGAGGAAAACGAUCGCCUACAGGUGCAAAUUAAGAAAAAGCUGGACACCAUCGAAAAUGUCAUCGACAUGUUAAACGGCAUCAUUGGAUACGAAGACGAAGAUGUGCCCAAGCCCAAACCUGUUGUAAAAACUGAACCAGAACCAGUGAGCCGAUCCCACUCGUCAAGCGAAAGCUCCGGCGACUCCUCGGAUUCCAACUCAUCCGAUUCUAGCUCAUCGGAGUCCUCCUCGGAUGGGGAGGGAGAAGAAAACGGUGAUGCUGAAGGUAGUCCCACCAAUCGACUCAAGCACCACGCCAUCAAGACCAUGAAAACUAGGCAGGGUGAUGCAAAGCCAGCCACAGCUGCGGCACAAAACUACAAUUUUGUGUUUUUCGAUCCUGAACAGCAUUGGUGCGAGAGCUGCAAUGUUUUCCCGAAAUCGGCACGCGAUUACUUGAAGCAUCUGCAUUCCGAGGAGCACAUGAAUCGUGAAACCAUUGAGACCCCAUGGCAUGUGGGCAUAGAUCACGAUCCCUUUCCGACAUACGAGAAUGCACCUUCUAAGCGCGUUCCGGUUCGAGGUAUGCAGUUUCUGGUUCCAGCCAACGCCUGGUACUGCAAGCUCUGCAGUGUUUGGAUUGGCGAUCUCCAUUGCGCAUCCGCUCAUCUUAAGUCAAAGCUACAUUCUAAAAAAUACGAGUGUUUUAUUGAACAAACUCCCAACUAUGAAAUCGAGUGGCAGACGAAUCGUGAGCGAUCCCUUCAGCAGCAGAAGGAGCGCGAUGAUUCCAAGAGCAAAAAGGGCAAGAAGGACGAAGACAAGACGUCCAAGAAACGGAAGAAAAAGAGCGACAAGAAGAAAAAGAAGAAGAAGCACGGAAAGAAAAGCAAGCGAAGUGCCACAGACGGGAACAGCUCAUCAUCCUCGUCGGAAAGUUCUUCGUCGGAGGACGAACGGAGCCAGCAGCCAAAGAAAGAGCGCGUUGAGGAGCCAUCAAGUGCUCCAACUGACAAGCCGGCUAAUGCCAAUUCCAUUCGCGUCGCCAUGCGGAAACAGGAAGCUGCACCGGUGAUCUCUGCUAAGCCGGAAAUACUUUCACAUUCGGUGGCACCGCCGCCUCCUCCGAUAAUCAAGGAUUCCAUAAACUCCUCAUCGGCGCGUGGCAAGUGGACGUCUGCCGGCGGAGAGGAGCCAGUGGAGGGGCAAAAGAAACGGGACGAAACCCUUAUGCAGCAGUGGAACACCGUUCAGCCUGUGAUAAGUGAGAGCGAAAAGAAACUAUUGGAAAAAUUAAAGGGAAAGCUAAAGAACAAGCCGCCUCGGGAAACGGAGGAGCAUAAGAGUGUGGCACCGCCCUCAGGAGCUACCGCUGCAGAUGAAAAAUCAAAGCGUCGGCGAUCGCGCAGUCCCAAGCGGCGUAGUCGCUCGCGGAGUAUGAGUCGCGGUCGCAUCGACAGAGAUCGUCGUGAUCGAGAUCGCGACAGAGAUCGUUAUCGUGAUCGGGGGGAGAGGCGGCGUUCUCGAAGUCGAUCCCGGAGCCGAGGUCGCAGACGCUUCUCGCGAUCUCCCAUAAGAUCCAGUCGUAGGAGCCGGUCGCGUGAUGGUCGCCGUCGUCGCAGCCGUUCGGAAGAGAGGGUAGAGCGUCCAGUGGUCAAGCAUUCCGAGUUCCGACCCCGCACGGUGCCUGAACGCAAGCCGGAAGCUAAGAAGGAGAAAAAGGAUACGGAAGGCAAGCCGAAGGUACCAAAGACUACAGUGACUGUAGGUCCGGGUGGAAAGAAAUUGCCUUUUAUUGGAAAGAUGCCAGUGUUCAAGAAACAGCCGUCGGCCGCAACGAAUUUCGACCCUUCAGUAUACACCAAUGGUAACUUCGACGCGCCUCCUCCACCACCACCUAUGGGGGGACCGCCCGGACAAAUGGUGGUGCGUCACUCGGCUCCCACAGCAGCUCAAAUUCAAAUGGCUAUGAUGGAGGAUGCCUUUGGCAACGCACCCCCCUUUCACCCGGAUGCUGGCAUGAUGAUGGACUACGACGAACUGAUGCCAGAUCCUGUCCAGUUCGCCAAUUUGAUGACAAGCUGUCCGCCUCCACCUCCACCAGGCGAUGGAUCUGAUGGAGAAAAUCGAGAGCAGGAGGGAGAUCAGUCAGAGGGCGAAAGUGGAGAGAACGAUGUCUUGCCACCAGGCAUUGACGAGCCCGAAACCGAUCUGGUGGCGCGUCCCUUGGACAGUGCGGCUCAGUCAGCCGACGGGGCAUUACCCCAGGAUCUGGCCGAUGCCCUCAACAUUAUAUUCCCAAGUGAGGAGGCGGCGGAGGCUGCGGAUGACAGCAGUCAGGCAGCAACUGUGCCCCAAACUGUAACCACAAUUGUCGAGGACGAGCCGGUUCUUAGCGAGCACAACCUCCAAGACUUGGCCAAGCAGGGAAUCCAUCUAGUGAGCAUUGAAGAAGCAGAAGCUUCAAAAUCUGUCAAUGCAUCGGAAAAAGAUGACACGAAGGACAAGGAAUCUCCGGCACUUAACGGAAAAUCGGAGCCACAAGCUAAAGCCCUCAAGCAGAUCGAAGCAGAUGACAUUCCCAUGCCGAGCUCCCCUCCACCCGCUCCAGCACCAGCGCCAGCUGAGGAGGACAAAAAAUGUGAGCCCGUCACGAAUCAGACGGACAUCUUAGACAUACCAGAGCCGAAGGAGUCGCCGUCGGACAGUGAGAAGCUGCGCCGUCAGGCGGAGUUGGACGAGCUGGCCAUGCUCGGCAUCGAUAGCAGCGACAUGGCGGCGCAAUUUUCAUCAUAUGCUUGCUAGUGACAGACAUUGUUUUUAACCUAUAUCCCGUACCCGUAGAUGCGCUGUAACCCACACGGAUUGACGAACACCCAGAUGGAUCGCAUUGGGUGGGCCUGCGGUCGAGGAACCAUUUAAGCUUUUAGUUUCUUAACAAUGUAUGAGUGUUUCUUGGACAAAUUGUUUUUAAUAAAUGCACAUAUAUGUAUGUAAUAUAUGUAUGAAGAAGGAAAU